AUGGUCCACUCGGGUGCCCAGCUGAACUUUUCUCUCCUCUCAGAGAAUGAAGCGCAGCUGCACUAUUUUGAGGUCCACUCCGCUAAGGGCAGGAGGCAUGGGCACCUGGGCACCUUUCCGGUGCAGAACACAGGGUCAGGCGUCGCGGUCACCCUGAAGCAGCCUGUGCUCACUUCCAAGAAUGGCCGAAGUGGUCUGAGGAGGCUGGACUGGCAGCACCUGCAGCACAUGUGCGGGGCUGGGUCUUGCAUAUACCUGCCGCUGAAAGUCUCCGACAAAGUGCUGGGGACGCUUAACAUUGCCUCUGUCCAGCCAGACGCCUUCAGCGGUCUUGUGGAUGAGCUGGUGGCUUUUGCUGCUGUGCUUGCGCCUGUGAUCGGGCUUCAGCGCCUCAGGAGGGAUCUUGUGGCUGUGGACGACCUGCUGCGGCGGAUCCUGCCCGCGCACAUUGCAGACUCGCUGCACGAGCUGCGCCAGCCGCUGGUAUCCCCAGGCAUGCCCAGGGAGGUGACGCAAGCAUUAGUAGCCCGCGCCACCGACAGAAAUGGCGGCAGCGCGCCCGCGGCUGCCCCGGCCGCCACGCGCAUUGCCGCCCCACCGGCAACCGCGCAUGCCAAGUCACGCGCUGGGCCGAGCACCCUGCCUCCCCAGAGGAGCACCUGCCAGCCGGCUGCUGUCUCUGUGGCACGGAGUGAUAGACCUGCUGCAAGCCAGAGCUGCAGGCCAUGCUGGGACGGCAGCAUGGAGGGUGAGAGCAUCUGCUGUAAGGCGUCGGCGGGCAAGGAAGCGCGGGUGGCAGCGGCUGCACAUUGUGUGCUGGACGCGCCGGUGGUGCCUCGCCUGUUCAUGGACUUUGCGACGCUUCUACUGACUCUCACACCGCUGCUGGUGCUCAUGUCCAGGAGCUGGACGUUUGAGCAGGCCAUCCCUGUUGCCACAUUGGUUGCAGUGGCGUUGGCUGCCAUGCAGAUGGGAGGCGUCUUGACUUAUGCCAAGCACCGCAAUUCGCUGUUGGCAGGUUUGCGGCUUGUGCGCACAUUGGUCUUUGCUGUUAACAUGGCAUGGCCUGUGCCCAGUGAGCCCCUGUCAUGCGCUGGCCUCUGCAUGGAUUCUGGGGCCUUCCUGCUCGCCAUCCUCUCCUUCAGCGGCCAGGUGCCGGCCAGGGUUCAUCUCCCUCUGCAGGCCACGUGUAUCACGGUGCUGGCGGCCGCGGAUGCCGUGGGCUGCGCGCUCGGCCGCACGUCUGUUCAGCUGGCACUUGCGAAGGUGGUGGCCCAGACUGUUCUGGGCGGUGUCCUGCCCUCAUUGGUCCUGCUGCACAUGGAGCAGGCUGCUGCUCUGGCGCGCCACCGCAGCAUUGCCAGGAAGAAGGUGGACUGA